AUGAUCCUCACUAAUUCGCUGUUGCUUGACUGUGCCUUGCUCUCGUUGAUCUACAUCGCUGUCGCCUGUGGACGAUCCUACUGGCGGCUCCGCCACAUUCCGGGCCCGACGCUGUGGGGAUGGUCGGUCUUCCCCCUCUUUCAACUUCACGUCCAAGGAGGAAUCUAUGAUAAGUUUGGUGAACUGAACCAGAAAUAUGGACCGCUGGUCCGCAUAGCCCCGAAUACGCUGUUGGCCUCAGACCCCGAAGUGAUACGACGCAUGUCCGCGGCGAGGUCGCCUUACACCCGGUCGGAUUGGUUUAUCGCCAUGCGAUUGAACCCUGGCCAAGACAAUGUCCUCUCACAGCGAGACGAGAAAAAGCAUGACGACCUCCGUCGGAGGAUGAUGGCCGGUUACUCUGGUAAAGAGAAUCUGUCUCUGGAGCAAGAUAUCGACCACUGCGUUCUCGAUUUGGUCAAUCUGAUUGAUAAGAAGUAUGUGAGCAUGCCGGGACAAAUCAUUCCCAUGGACCUCGCGCAAAAAGUCCAGUUCUUUACGAGCGAUGUUAUGAGCAAACUCUCCUUCGACGCCAAGUUUCAUGACCUGCGUGACGAUAACGACAAUCUGGGCUAUAUUCACGAAAUUGAAACCUUGUUCCCGAACAUUUUCUGUACCUGCACCAUCCCCGGCGUCAUUGAAUUUCUCACCGACAUUGGCUUCUUGAAGCUAUUUGCUCCAUCAGGCAAAAGUCAGCUGGGACUGGGGAAGGUCUUGGCCAUUACCCGGGAGCAGGUGUCCAAGCGUUUUGGUCCGGACGGGAAGCCCCGGGGCGACAAUAGCGACAUGCUCGGUAGCUUUAUCCGGCAUGGUCUCUCACAAACGGAAGCCGAGUCUGAAAGCGUUAUGCAGCUAGCGGCCGGUUCGGACACGUCUGCGACUGGGAUCAGAGCCACCCUGCGCUGUAUCAUUUCCAGCCCUCAGGCUUACGUGAAGCUGAUGGCAGAGAUUGAUGCGGCGAUGGCGGCCGGGAAGAUUCCGUCUGAUGGGAGCGUUGUCUCGAAUGCACAAGCCAAGGAGUUGCCAUAUCUGCAAGCGUGUAUCAAGGAGGGUCUGCGAUGGUAUCCGCCAAUUGCGGGAAUGCUUGCGAAAAAGACCCCCCCGGCUGGAGACAUCAUCAAUGGUCAUUUUGUGCCUGGAGGUGUUUCCAUCGCGUAUUCAGCCAAACAAAUCCACCAUUCACCAAGUCUCUUCGGUCCUGAUGAAAAUGCCUUCCGCCCGGAACGCUGGAUUCUGAUCGAGGAUGGGGGGGACGAACCGUCCGGUGAGAAAUUGAAAGCCAUGGAGCAGAACAAUGAUCUCAUAUUCGGAUAUGGAAAAUAUCAAUGCUUGGGUAAGAGCGUGGCGAUGAUUGAGCUGAACAAAGUGUACGUGGAAUUGCUGCGUCGUUUUGAGUUCACGCUGUUGGAUCCAUUGAACGUCUGGCAGACCAGGUGUUAUGGCAUUCACUUGCAAAAGGACAUGUGGGUGGCCGUCAAGCGACGGGCUCCGAAGGCUCCCAGUUGA